AUGGCUAUAUCUAGGAGAGCCAUGGCUCUCAACGCCGUCGCUGUCGCACGGCUACCGUCUCGGAUCUUCGUUGCGCGAACUCGAUUGCCUCGCAUAGCCGUGCCCCAGAACCGCGCAUACACGUCCUCCAGCCCUCGAAGGCAACACGCCUUCCAUUCACAGCUUGAGAGCACUCCUAAUGCCGACGUCCUCCUCUCCUCCCAGAAGCCCGCCGCGGCGGCCAAACCCCAGACCCUCACCGAGAAGAUCGUCCAACAAUACUCAGUCGGCCUCGCCACCGGCAAGAAGGUCGCGGCCGGCGACUAUGUCACCCUCGCACCCCACCAUGUCAUGACACACGACAAUAGUUGGCCGGUGGCUGCAAAGUUCAUGGACAUCGGGGCCUCCAAGAUUCACGACAACCGUCAGGUCGUCAUGACUCUCGACCAUGAUGAACUGCGGGCAUUGACGCAAACCUCUUGUGCAUCAGACAAGUCCGAGUCCAACCUGAACAAGUACCGCCAGAUCGAGGAGUUUGCCGGCAAGCAUGGUGUCGAUUUCUAUCCUGCUGGCCGUGGCAUCGGCCACCAGAUAAUGGUCGAAGAAGGAUACGCCUGGCCGGGAACAGUCACCGUUGCGAGCGACAGCCACUCGAACAUGUACGGGGGUGUGUCCAGUCUUGGAACACCCGUCGUACGAACCGACGCAGCUACCGGCCGAACGUGGUGGCAAAUUCCGCUCAUUGCCAAGAUCACAUUCACUGGUCUACUCCCCCCAGGCGUCACGGGCAAGGAUGUGAUCGUUGCUCUUUGCGGAUUGUUCAACAAGGACGAGGUUCUGAACCAUGCUAUCGAAUUUGCUGGGACCGAACAGACCAUGGGCACCAUCCCCAUCGACGACCGCCUGACCAUCGCGAACAUGACGACCGAGUGGGGUGCCUUGAGCGGUCUAUUCCCCGUCGAUGAGAUGCUCAUCUCGUGGUACCGCGCCAAGGCCACCACCGCGACCAUGUUUGAUGCCCCUUCCAAGGAUCGCAUCACCCACGAGCGAAUCGACGAGAUGGCGGCGAACCGGCUGGUCGCCGACCCCGGUGCCAAAUAUGCCAAGGAGCUCUACCUCAACCUGUCCACACUUUCCCCCUUCGUGGCCGGUCCCAACUCUGUCAAGGUCGCUACGCCUCUGAAGAACCUCGAGGCACAAAAUAUCGCUCUCGACAAAGCCUAUCUCGUCUCGUGCACCAACUCGAGAGCUUCUGAUCUUGCCGCCGCCGCCCGUGUUUUCCGCGAGGCUACCAAGGAUGGUGAGGCUGCCAAGAUUGCUCCCGGUGUCAAAUUCUACAUUGCUGCGGCUUCUACACCGGAGCAGCAGAUUGCUGAGGAGGCCGGUGACUGGCAGGUCUUGCUUGACUCCGGUGCCCAGGCUCUCCCUGCUGGAUGUGGUCCGUGUAUUGGUCUUGGUACGGGCCUACUUGAGCCCGGUGAGGUAGGCAUCAGUGCCAGUAACAGAAACUUCAAGGGCCGUAUGGGUUCUACGUCCUCCAAGGCUUACCUCGCUAGCCCUGAAGUCGUUGCUGCCAGUGCACUCCAGGGCAAGAUUGUUGGUCCUGGUUGGUACCAGAAACCUGAGGGCGUGGAGAAGGUCAUCAUCGGCGAGGGAAGCGGUAACCAUGUCGCUGACAAGGCGCUGUCCAUCGAGGAUGCUUUCGACAAAUUCAUUAGUGAGACCGAGAGCUUGAUUGCCGCUGCCGAGGGCCCUGGUGAGCAGUCAUCCAGCCCCGCCGCCGCUGGAGACGAAGCCUUGACCGACGUUCUGCCUGGCUUCCCCGACAAGAUUGAAGGCGAGAUUGUCUUCUGUGAUGGCGACAACAUUAACACUGAUGGCAUCUACCCGGGCAAAUACACCUACCAAGACAACGUCAGCAAAGAGAAGAUGGGAGAGGUGUGUAUGGAGAACUACGACACCGAGUUCGGUACAACGGCCAAGGCUGGCGAUAUCCUUGUCGCCGGCUUCAACUUUGGCUGUGGCUCUUCCCGUGAGCAAGCUGCCACUGCCAUCCUGGCCAAGCAGAUUCCGCUCGUCGUCGCCGGUAGUUUCGGCAACAUCUUCAGCCGCAACAGCAUCAACAAUGCUCUCCUCGGAGUCGAGUUGCCUCGUCUUGUACAGCGUCUCCGUGAGGUGUACAAGAACGACGCCGAGAAACCCCUGACCCGCCGCACCGGCUGGAAGCUCCUCUGGGAUGUCCGCCGCUCCAAGGUCGUUGUGACGGAGAAAGACGGCUCCUCCUGGGAACAAAAGGUCGGCGAGCUGCCCUCGAACGUGCAAGAGGUGAUAGCCCUGGGCGGUCUCGAGAAAUGGGUCAAGUCAAAGAUCGAGGCCUAA